UCCACUUCUUAAACAGGAUGAAAUCUAACAAACUUUGGUCUGAAAAUUCUAAACCUUUGACUCCACAUCUCCUCUAUUCUAGACUUUUAUUCAUCGAAACGUGUCACAAAACUUGUAACUCAAUCAAAUUUUUAUUCAUAAAACCCCAGACACAGCUCAAAUCUAAAUCUUACAUUUCCCCUCACCGCCAUGACAAACCAAAAUCUCCGAUCCCUCGUUUCAUUGUUUCUUGUACUCUCUUUAACAGCGUCGACUCAUUCAACUUCUAUUACUACCUCUACUUCAAUUCUACAACAAUUCAAACAAGCCCCGGAGUUCUACAACUCUCCGGACUGCCCCUCCGUCCUAAAAUUAAAUGAUCACCACCUGUGCUACGACAACGCAGUCCAUGUGGCAAUGACACUUGAUGCAGCGUACAUUCGUGGCUCAAUGGCUGCGAUCCUCUCCGUCCUCCAGCACUCCUCAUGUCCACAGAACAUAGUCUUUCACUUUGUCACCUCAGCUUCCUCCAAUGCCUCACUCUUACACGCCACCAUCGCCACCUCCUUCCCAUACCUAAAAUUCCAAGUCUAUCCUUUCGACGAUUCAUACGUAGCCCGUCUCAUCUCCACAUCAAUCCGGUCCGCCCUUGACUGCCCUCUAAACUACGCCAGAAGCUACUUUCCCAGCAUAUUACCAUCUUGCAUACAAAAAAUCGUAUAUCUGGAUUCUGAUUUAGUAUUAGUAGAUGACAUUGCAAAACUUUCCGCAACUCCACUGCCUGAUGACAUAGUAUUAGCAGCUCCAGAGUACUGCAAUGCAAAUUUCACCACAUAUUUUACUCCCACAUUCUGGUCCAACCCUUCACUUUCCUUAACUUUUGCCAAUCGCAAGGCUUGCUAUUUUAACACCGGAGUGAUGGUGAUUGAUCUAGCCCGAUGGAGAGCCGGAGAUUACACUCAAAGACUGGAAGAAUGGAUGGAGUUACAGAAGAGAAUGAGGAUAUAUGAAUUAGGAUCAUUACCACCUUUUUUACUUGUUUUUGCUGGUAACAUAGCUCCAGUGGAUCACAAAUGGAAUCAACAUGGACUAGGAGGGGAUAAUUUUCGCGGCCUUUGUCGGAAUCUGCAUCCAGGGCCAGUGAGUUUACUGCAUUGGAGUGGCAAGGGAAAACCGUGGGUGAGAUUGGACAACAACCGGCCAUGUCCACUGGAUGCUCUUUGGGCUCCUUAUGAUUUGUUGAAGACACCAUUUUCUAUUGAUUCUUGAAGAAAUUGUAAGCAUUUGUACUGUUAGAUCUUGUAUUCUUAUAUACUAUACUGUAAAUCAGUGUAAAUUUUGUUUAGGCUCUUGUUGAAAUUUUUCAAACACACAAUGUGGUUUAGUAGUAAAAUUUACUACUGGCUACUCACCUCAAUAA